AUGAAUUUUGUGGGAGAAAUAGGAGCCAAUGACAAAAGACUUAUAUUCAGAUCGGAAUUGGCUUGCGUGUCUGUUACGUUCAAGGACAGAAGCGCUGGAGACGACGAGGCUCAGUUGACUGACGAGAACUUCUGCACUGUCCUUGAACAUGGACUACCACCUACUGCAGUAGGUGACUACCACCUACUGAAUGGGAAUAGGUCGUUUGACUUGAUCUUGACUGAUAGCAACAAUGUCAAGCGGAAAUAA